AUGAAGAUUGCUUCUACCCUUUUCCAGCCUGUCCGCCGUCUAGCCGUGGGAUUGCUAGUCAUAUCCAACGUCAAAGCCCAACAAUCAUCACCCGCCCGGUGGCCGUCUUUCUCCGAUCAAGGCAUAAUCAUCGACAAAGAAACCGCCACAUGGAACCCGACAAACGAGUUCAUCUUCCCAAGUAUCUUCCAUGCGGGCCAGCAUCUCACUGACCCGUUGGGCGAGUGGUAUCUUUACUACUCCCUCCGCACGAACGCUCAGGUGGCAUCGAGCACCCCGGCAACCCCGAUCGUGCGCAACGACUGGGUGCCACAUUACAACGUCUCGCACGUCUCCAGCCCCGACGCCAUUUGGAACUCCGAAGCCGGCGCCGUGUUUCUCUACUUUCACGGUGAGAACUCCCACGCCCGCUUGGCAUCUUCGCCUGACGCGCUCGCGUUCGAGUACGGCGGCAAGGCGGUCGACAACGCCAUGGGCGGAGCCAAUGUAACCGAGACGAGCUACGCGCGCGUCUUUCCGCACCCGGAACGCGGCUGA